GUUAUGUACGGAAUAUAAAACCCAUGUCAGAAUCUCCCAAAGAGUUACCGCCCACAGACGCGGAUGGUGAAGACAAGGCCCUCGGAGUCCCGGAACCGGAACUCGUGCAAGAUGGCUCACCGGAAAGGGAUCAGUCUUCAGAGAAAGGAGGUGAUUCACAAGCGGAACAAACCCCGUCCAAGCCUUCGGAGGCUCAAGAUUCACCAUGGCACGCGAUAUAUUCUCCCGCACAUGGCGCUUACUAUUUCUAUAAUACCUCCACGAAUACGACAACUUGGGUGAAUCCAUUAGCCCCAGCGCAACCUGAUACCAAGGAAGAUACGAAAACCCGGACUCCCGAAGCAUCAACAUCUGCACCAUCUUCUCAGCCCCCACCAUCCCAACCCAGUUCCUCUGCAAAGCCUGCCGCUCCCACAUCUGAUGCCCUCGGCGGAAUAGACCCCGAAUUGGCAUUCCUUGAUCCUUCCCUUGCAUACGCCGGCCCAUCUGCCUCGUCCACAUCCAUCGUCCCUUCAUUCACCGCCAAGUUCUCCGCACGCACUGGGAAAUUUGCAGGCGCCUCAGCACGAGAUCCAUCCCAUGUCUCCGAGUACGAACGCGCAAAGCGCAUGAGCGAGGCGUAUUUUGACGUCGAGGCGUGGCAGAAAGAGGUGGCAGAAAGAGACGCAGCGAAGAAACGGGCAGCCGAAGAAGCAGAGGUGGUAGGGGAGAAUCCAAAUCAGAAGAGGAAACCAACCAAGGCUGAUAUUGCACGGUGGAAGGAAGCUAAGAAAGAAAAGAAAUCCCGGAGGACUGCAUGGUUGCGGGAAUGAGCCCCCUGAUGUACUUAGAUAACGUUAACUGUACUCUAGACCCGCCGGUCCACCACGAUGGGUAUGACUAAUAGCAUUUCAGAGCAAUUUCUAAUUCGC